GUCACAUGUUUGUUCUUUUAACUAAGCGACCAUUCCUCUGACAACAAACAUGGCGCUCAACCUGGUAGCAAAAGUGCACCCGGUGGUGUUUUUCACCAUUGUGGACUCUUAUGAGAGAAGAAAUCCUGACGCCCACCGUGUAAUUGGCACCCUUUUGGGCACCAUAGGUGUUGACAAGGGAGCCAUUGAGAUAACCAACUGCUUCUGUGUUCCUCACAAUGAGUCUAAAGAAGAGGUUGCAGUAGAAUUGGACUUUGCUAAAGAUAUGUAUGAAUUGCAUCGCAAAGUAAAUCCCGGUGAAGUGAUUGUGGGGUGGUGGGCAACUGGUCAUGAAAUCACUGACCAUUCAUUGCUCAUACACGAUUACUAUUCAAGAGUCACCAACAACCCCAUUCAUCUAACUGUGGAUACUACUCUGCAUGGAGGGCAGAUGAACAUAAAGGGAUAUGUGAGUGCCAGUAUGGGAGUUCCUGGCCGCACUCCAGGCACCAUGUUUGCUCCUAUUCCAGUUGAGGUUAUCUCUUAUUUACCUGAGAUAGUAGGAACAAAUGCCACACAAAAGAGCAAAUAUAACAGGCAGCGUUUAGUGGAACCUACAACUGACUUGCAUCAGAUUUCUGAGGCAACGCAAAACAUGGAAGCAACUCUUGACAUUCUAAUUGCAUAUGUUGAUGAUGUCCUAAGUGGAAAAGUACAAGCUGACAAUUAUAUUGGCCGUGAGCUAACCAGGAUGGUGAACCAGGUACCUAAGAUGUCUGCACAUGACUUUGAGGAAAUGCUGAACACCAACAUGAAGGUACUAAAUAAUUAUAUUGUUAGGAAAAGAUGAUGACACUAUGCAAAA